UGUAAGCAGCGCGGUCACACGCGGUUCGAAUGCCGCCGCGCGGCCCGCAAAUUUUGUUCCCAGUGCGGGAAAGACGACGUCUAUACCCGCGAUUGCCAUCCGCCGCCGGGAAACGCCGCCAGGGCCGGGGGCACCGAGACCGCUCCCCGGUCCUCCGAAUAAGGUACAAUCCGCGACCGCACAUCGACGUCCCCGUCGGGGAUACCACGCUCACGGCCUUGCUCGACUCAGGCUCCGAAGGCUCAUUUGUGAGCACCGACGCCGCCGAACGCCUCCACGGGAAGGGGUACACGACGAUACCCGUCACAGGCCGGAUCUACCUCGCGGACGGCUCCAGCACGCCGGUCGAGACGUGCCUCGUGCUGCCGGUUGUAUUCCCGGCGCGCUCGUUCCGCCACGAAUUCCGCGUGCUACCCGGACUCGACGUCGACAUGUUGAUCGGCGUCGAUGUCAUGGCACGAGCCCGGAUCACGAUUCCUCCGCCGCCACUGCACCGGGAGGAAGACCGCCCGCCGCGAGCCGCCGUCCGUCCGACAACCGUCGCCAGCACCGAACCCGCGGAAGACGCACGCUUGCAGGCUUUCCUCGCCGAGGAACUGCCAAAGUUCGACCGAGUGCGUGGACCGACCGACCGCGCGGAACACGUGAUCCGCGUUAAGAACCAUCCGCCGAUCAAGCAGCGCUACCGUCCCCGAAAUCCGGCAAUGCAGGCGAUCAUCGACCACGAGGUCGACGAGAUGAUACGCGCCGGAGUCAUAGAGCCGUCUCGCAGCGCGUGGAGCUCGCCGAUCGUCAUCGUGCGCAAGAAAGACGGAAAACCGCGGUUCUGUAUAGAUUUCCGCCGCGUAAACGAGGUGACGGAACGCGACGCCUACCCGUUACCUCAGAUACCCGCCACGCUCGACAAAUUGAGAGGCGCGCGGUACCUCUCGACGAUCGACUUAAUGAGCGGCUACUGGCAGAUACCCCUGGCCCCGGCAAGCCGACCCGUUACCGCUUUUACCGUGCCGGGUCGGGGGUUAAUGCAAUUUAAAGUGAUGCCGUUUGGGCUUCACUCCGCGCCGGCUACCUUCCAGCGUCUGCUCGACGAUGUCCUCGGGCCCGAACUAGAACCGCGGGUUUUCGUCUACUUGGACGACAUCAUCGUCGUCACCCGAACGUUCGACGAGCACCUCGCCACGCUGCGAGAGGUUUUCCGCCGGCUACGCGAGGCGCGACUCCGACCGAACACCGAGAAGUGCCGUUUUUGCACGGAGCGGCUGAAGUAUCUCGGCCACGUGGUCGACCGCGACGGAAUCCGGACCGAUCCGGAGAAGACGGAGGCUAUCGCGAACUGGCCCGAGCCGCAGAGCGUGCGGCAGAUACGACAGUUCCUAGGCCUCGCGUCCUGGUACCGCCGUUUUAUCCGAGACUUCGCGACCGUCGCCGCCCCGCUCACCGCGCUCACACGAAAAAAUGCCCGCUGGUCAUGGGGGAACCACGAGCAGGCGGCCUUCGAGGCCUUGAAAACGACCCUCACGUCCGCACCCGUGCUAGCCUGCCCGGAUUUCGAGCGACAGUUCGUGCUGCAAACGGACGCAAGCACGACCGGACUGGGUGCCGUGCUCACCCAGUACUUCCCUGAGGGCGAGCGCGUCAUCGCGUACGCGAGCCGAACGCUCAACAACGCAGAGCGCAACUAUAGCGCGACCGAGCUCGAAUGUCUCGCCGUACUCUGGGGGAUCCGCCGAAUGCGAGACUACCUUGAGGGUUACCGCUUCAAGGUAGUCACCGACCAUCAGUCACUCCGGUGGCUGCAAAAACUAGACUCACCGACCGGACGUUUGGGCCGAUGGGCCUUCGAACUACGACAAUUCGACUUCGAGGUGCAAUACCGGAAGGGGUCGCUGAAUAAGGUUGCGGACGCGCUCUCACGGCGAACGGCCGUUAACGCCGCCGCGAACACAGCUUGCGCGUGGUACCGAAAGUGGUGGGACAUCACUUCCACCACUCCCGACGCCGCCCCCGACUUCCGCAUCGCGGACGGUCGCCUCUACCGGCACGUGCUCCACACGCUGGACUUCGCGGACGCGCCGAACGACGCGCAGUGGAAGGAGUGCGUGCCGCGCGAAAACCGAGCCGAACUCCUCCAGCGGUACCACGACGCACCGACCGCCGGACAUCUCGGCACCGCGAAAACGAUCGCUCGCAUUGCCCGCCACUUCUACUGGCCGGGAAUGUUCCGCGAGAUCUCGCGCUACGUACGGCAGUGCCGAACCUGCCUAGCGCAUAAACCAGAGCAACGGCGACCGGCCGGAUUGCUCCACCCGACCGACGUGUCACAGCCAUGGCAACAGGUAACGAUCGACCUGGUAGGGCCGCUUCCGCGGUCAAGCCAGGGGCAUACAUGGCUGUUGACAAUGCAGGACCGGUUCACGAAGUGGCUGGAAAUGCGAGCGCUUCGACGCGCUACCGCCGCGAAUGUCGCUACCGCACUGACCAAAGCCGUCAUCCUGCGGCACGGCUGCCCCGAGGAAAUUUGGUCAGAUAACGGGACCCAGCUCCGCUCCGCGACCCUGACCGACUUGCUGCGUGCGCUUCAAAUCCGCCACCGUCUCACGCCGGCGUACGCCCCGCACUGCAAUCCGGUCGAGCGCACCAACCGAACCGUCAAAACUAUGAUCCGUCAGUACCUACAUCGCGACCACCGCAAGUGGGACGAACGCCUCGCCGAAUUGCAGUUCGCGUACAACACCGCGACUCACGACGCAACGGGGCAUACGCCGGCGUUCCUGAACCACGGCCGCGAGUUACGACGGCCGGAGGAACGCGCACCAGCCGGCCCUCCGCAACGACCGCACGCGUUGCAGCGCCGACUACGUGAGACGUACGCGCUCGUCCGCAUCCAGCUGGCCCGUGCGUUCCAACGGCAGCAACAAUAUUAUAAUCUGCGUCGGCGGGAAUGGCGACCGAAGCGGGGAGAUUGGGUGUGGAAGCGGGACCACCCCCUCUCCCGUCGUGCGGAUGCGUUCAACGCGAAACUCGCGCCGAAGUACGUAGGGCCACUCGAGGUACGCCGCAUCAUCUCGCCGGUAAUAUACGACCUCCGAAGCGCGGGGGGCAAGUGGUACCGGCACGUCCAUGUCCAGGACCUCAAGCCGGCCCCCGCUCCGACCGAAGAAACCGAGUCGGACACCAACGACGACGACGACGACGCGGCAUGCGGCGCGCUCGUGACUCGGCCGGCGAGCCGAGCGACGCUCCGGCAGAAGCAACACGAGAGCACGGCCACGGCACGUGGGCAAAUUCCUACGACCAGCGCGCGCACCGGUAGCCGGAAUUCGAGCGCGGAUACCAGGAACCGAUCGGCUCAUUCUCAGAAGAGAUAUGGAGCACGACGGUAUCCUCGCCGAGAUCGCCGAGCUGCUAGGCGAAGCUCCGGAGCCGUACGACCCGGCCCGGCCCGAAAUAGAACGGCCGCCGAAACCGAGACCACCCCCGGACCGAGGCGAUACCGCCGCUACUCGUCCGAGCCAGUCGACACCACCGAGCAGUGCAGGCAGAUCGGCCCCGAUACCGUGGCUCAGAGGGCCUCCACCGCCGGUCCCCCAGGUCAUCGUGCCGCGGGGACACCGACCGCAACCGACGCUCGAACCCGACCGGGUCAUGGGACCCGAGCCGCCGCCACCGAUCACCGUAGAGGUCACUCCCGGCACCGUCGUGGACGUACCGUACUUUGCGGUCCACGUCAGCCGCGCCUAUACCGCGCGGGUAAGGGACCGCCGCUGGAGGUUGCGGUUCGACCGAACAGGACGCCUCCGCUCCAGCAAAGAAAUACGGCCGCCACCAAAGGACCCGAAAGAUGAAUUUGGCCUCUGAAUUCAGGCCUACUCAAAGGGGGGGGUGGUGUAACAAACCGCCUUUCCGCUCCCCCCUCGGACCGUCCAUCGUUCCAGGCUGUCCGGCCGAACAACCGCCGGACAGCAGAAA